AUGUCAUCCUUCAACUCGACUGAACAGCUCAAGGAGCCUCAGAUCUCAGAGAACUCCGUUAACUCGAGCCCCAUUCUCUCCCCGCAAGAUGAUAAGCCACUCACAGCGGGAAAUUUGGCCUCUGUCAAACUCGAAAGCCAAGCACCAUCGCCACCGCAAUACCAUGUCUUUAGUCGAUCGCGCAAGCUGGGGAUGGUCUGCGUUAUCUCCCUUGCCGCUAUCUUCUCUCCGUUAUCUUCCAAUAUAUAUUUUCCUGCACUGCGUACAAUAUCGAAGGAAAUCGGCAUCUCCAUGUCCUUGACGACCCUAACCGUUACGGUAUAUAUGAUCGCUCAAGGUCUGGCCCCGAGCUUUUGGGGUGCUAUUUCUGAUGUUACUGGCCGCCGCGUGGUCUUUAUUGGAACGUUCAUUGUUUAUAUUAUAGCAAACAUCGCGCUUGCUGUAUCUCAGAACUAUGGCGAGCUCAUGGCCUUUCGCGCCUUGCAGGCUGUCGGCAGCUCAGCAACUAUCUCGAUUGGGGCUGGUGUCAUUGGUGACAUUACUACAUCGGCGGAGAGAGGUAGCCUUGUGGGAAUUUUCGGUGGAGUUCGCAUGUUGGGACAGGGCAUCGGCCCUGUUUUCGGUGGCAUCUUGUCGCAGUAUCUGGGCUUCCGGUCAAUCUUCUGGUUUCUGGUGAUUCUAUCUGGAUUAAGUCUCCUCUCAAUCCUUUCGUUUCUUCCUGAAACCAUUCGAACCAUCGCUGGUAACGGCACUGUCCCUCUUCAUGGUAUCCAUAAGCCGUUCAUCUACUAUAUCACCGGGCAAAAGGAAGCUCAGAAAAAUGCAGUCCCACCUGGAAAGAAGGCUAAGGUGACUUGGAGAACUGUUCUAACUCCUUUAACCUUCUUGGGCGAGAAGGACGUUUUUAUUACCCUGUUCUUUGGUAGCACUGUGUACACUGUGUGGUCCAUGGUUACCUCCUCGACAUCGGAUCUCUUCCAGUCAACGUAUGGACUGACUACCUUGGAGGUUGGACUCACUUUCCUGGGCAAUGGCUUUGGAUGUAUUUCCGGCUCCUACACCAUUGGCUACCUGAUGGAUUACAAUCACAAGCGGACAGAGCGCGAAUACUGCCGCAAACACAACCUCCCCAUCAAUACUCGCAUUACGUCUAAGACACACCCCGGCUUCCCUAUCGAAUAUGCCCGCAUGCGCAACACCUGGUGGAUCACCGCACUGUUCAUAGUGUGUGUUGCCCUCUACGGAGUCUCGCUGCGAACGCAUGUUGGCAUUCCUAUCAUCUUACAGUACAUCAUCGCCUACUGUGCCACUGCCAUAUUCACCAUUAACAGCGCUCUAAUCAUCGACCUCUAUCCAGGGGCCAGCGCUAGUGCGACCGCUGUCAACAACCUGAUGCGAUGCGAAGUUGGUGCUGCAGGUGUUGCGGCUGUUCAGCCCAUCAUCGACGCUCUGACUCCAACGUGGACGUUCGUACUGCUCGCUGGUAUUACGCUCAGCAUGACCUCGCUGUUGAUGAUUGAGAUGCGGUGGGGAGCGGGUUGGAGGCUAGAACGCCUGGAGCGACUGAAGCACAAAAAGGACAACGCAUAA